AUUAAUCUCCUGCUUUGGCCCCGGUCUCGGGAGCUUGUUUGCGUCAUGUUGUUUAUUGUGGCGACAGCCGUGUUAUUCCCCCGUUGGAUGAGAUUAGUACUCGGUUCUCAGAAACGGUUGCUGCAGAACCCCUGUGAAGCAUAGUUUCGGUUUUAUUUUAUGCCUUGUAUUUUGCGAAAAGCUGUGUUCACAAUAAUGCCCUAUUUACCAAAUCUACUAAAAUAUAACGGAUAGUACCCCUCUUACCCAGUACUUAAGUUAGCUGCAGUAACGUGUCAGUAAAAAAACUGUAGUUGUUAAAAAUGUAUUUAUUUUGAGGGAGAACACAAUUGUUCCCUGUGCUUGUGUUUUUGUUUCAGCCGUGUUUUAGUCGCGAUAAUCCCAUAAUUGAAAAAGGAAGGCGUUAAAGAGGGCAGUCUAAACUGGCAUUAAGUCACAUGAUAAUUUCCCCAUGACGAAUGCUUAUUUUGUCUCCCCCUAUUGCCUGCAACCAGGAGUUGCAUCCAACUUUAGGUCUGGCAGUACGUCCUGUGUGCGUUAGCGAUAUCUACCUCGUAAUGUAUUUUUUUUGCGAGCGCAAUAUAGGAAGUAUAUAUUAGAUACCUGCUUCCUGUGAGCUCGACGCUAUUUUGUUCCACGUGGACUCUUAAAAUCUGGCUCGGGUGCCUCUAUUGCUGAAGUGUCCCAGAUGGCAAGGAUAAUGAGUACUCUAAAGAUCAGCGCGAGUAACGAAACCCAGAUUAGUUAAUCUGAUGAAUCGGGUGUUGUAGUGCAGGGGUAAAACAAAAGCAUGAACCCACACCGGCCCCUUUCGGAUAAGAUUGGACAUCUUUAUAGCCAAAAUAACUCUGUCCAACUACAUACUGAGGUCUAUUUGCACUUUGUCAAGUGUGGCAUCUGAAAGUUAUUUUGUAUAUCAGUAACCUAGUUCUAACUGCAGUGCCAAAAGUGGAAUGCUCAUUCAUUGUUGAAAUGUUAGAUAUUUUGGUUUGAUUUAAUGAAGUAUUUAAUGGCCAUAUAUCACACGAAAACGUAUAACCAACAUGUAACGUAAGGAAAGUUGAAGUUGAACUCCAACUCCUUGGCUGGAGGUCAAAAGUACAUGUAGGGCAGCGUGUAACGCUACAUAAUUGCGCACUUGGUUCCCUCUUGUGGUAAGCAGAGGGAAUUGCAUGGCUCACUUUGUUUCCCGAGCUGUUUCUCACGCUUUGAGUGGUCACUGGCUGUGAGGAGCAGAUCCAACACUGGAAAAAGGUGGAAGCGGAUUACAGCUCCCUGCAGGAGAGGCUCGGUACGCUUCCGGAUAGGCUGUCCUAUGACAUCAUGGUACCCUUUGGACCGCUUGCCUUCAUGCCGGGGAAGCUGGUCCACACCAACGAGGUGACGGUGCUGCUGGGAGAUAACUGGUUCGCCAAGUGCUCGGCCAAGCAGGCGGUGGACCUGGCUGAGCACCGGAAGAGCCACGUGAGGAAGACCCUCGAUGACCUGAGCAAAGUGGUGAAGAACUUUGAAACUCGUGCUGGAUUCACCGAAGAUCUACAAAAAUUAAGUGGCGACAAGGGAGACUAUGUGGACAUCAGAGAAGAGAUGAAAGAUGGAGAAGAAUCCCUCACAAAAGGGAAGAGGCGGCUGGCCCAUAAGCCCUUCUCUAAGCCCAAGGUGGAGGACGUGCUGGAGCUGCCGGAGGAGGAGGAGGAGGAGCAGGAGGAGGUGCAGGAGCAGGGGGGAGGUGCUGGGGGCCGGCGGGGACUUCUGUCUGAGGAGGAGCUGUGGGCCCGGCUGGACGAGCUGGAGGCGCAGGAGGAACAGCUGGAUGAGGAGGACAGAACGUUCGACACCGCAGACAUGAACGGGGAGGACACGACGUCCUCCUCCUCUUCCUCCGAGGAAGAGAAGGACGGCGAAGGGGGACGCCUGACCAACGGGCUCCACGGCGACGAGGGCUGGCCCCCGGAGGAUCGGGGUGACCCCGGGCCCCUCCCCCCCCAGAGCAACGGGACGGGUCAGCCGCGCACGGACGGGGAGGAAGAGGAGGAGGGGGAGGAUGAAGACGACGAGGAAGAGGGCGAGGAGGGAGGCGUGCCGACCAUCUACUUCUGUCACACCAAGGAGCCCAAGAAGGUCAGGAUCAACACGGGGAAGAACACCAUGCUGAAGUUCAGCGAGAGGAAGGAGGAGGCCAAACGCAAGAAGAAGAACGGCAGCAACCACGGCAACGGCCACGGCCACGGCCACUCCCACCACGAGCUCCCCAGGAUCAAAUCACCGGCUGACAUCUACAGGGUGUUCGUGGACGUGGUGAACGGCGAGCUUGUCCCGCGGAAGUCCAUCCUGAAGUCGCGCAGCCGGGAGAACAGCGUGUGCAGCGACACCAGCGAGAGCAGCGCCGCCGACUUCGAGGAGCGCCGCGCGUUCGGGCGCGCCCUCAGCCACGACGAGGCCGCCCACAGCGACGCCAGCGAGGGCGUCUCGGAGCAGGACAGUCCCACGGGCCGCGCCCCGCACUUACUUGCCCACUUUGAGGCAUUUUCAGGGACGGUGGUUGAGAAGGACCCCGGGCUGCCGUCGUCCAUUCCUCACCUGACCAUCUCCCCGCCCGCGCUGCCCACCAUCCCCGAGAGGAAGUGUGAGGACCUGGCCCCUGAGGGCCCCCAGGGGCCCCCCAAAAGGGUCUCCAAGUUCAAGGCCUCCAGGGCCAAAGUGAUCAUGUGACUCCCUCAAACCCCGCCCCCCCAAACCCCCCCCCCCCCGCCCCGGGUUCAAACCCUUUUUAGCUUUAUUUUGUACUGAUACACUUUACACUAAGCAGGUGCCAUCCUCCUUCUCUCUAGCUCCUCUUUUUUUUUUCCUCCUCCUCUCUUUCAUCAUCACUCGAACCCUUUUCCUUUAAAGUGGUCUUGCAGCAGCGAGCUUUGUGUUUCUCUGUGGCUCCGUAGCUAGCUGCCCGUCGUUCGCGGUUCUCCCCCCCCCACCCGUGGUAAGGGGAGUCGUGACAUCAGCGUUAGGUGACAUCACCUGCAGUAACAUAGGGGCUAAUCCAUCUUCAGCGAUCCCACUGCGGAGGUGCGCUUGCUGUAGAAGCUUUACCUGUGCCAGUCUGCCAGCAGGUGGGAGGGGUCUACAUUGCAGGUGGCCAGUCUACCGUAGGAGCCACGCCUGCUACUGGCCACGCCCGUUUCUGCAGCAUGACCGGCAGAUCCAGGGUCAGCCUCCUUGGUGUAUUCAAAAAGUGAUCAUUUUGUUGUAGUGUUGAAUCCUUUUUUUUUUUUUGCCCAGGACUACUGCUAACCCUCCCAAGUGUGGGCUUGUGGUCGGCUUGACCACACUCGACUCUCCCUUUCGCACACCAGACUAGCAUAAGGGGGGCACUGCUAAUUACAAAGACUGGCUGCUCGGUGAUCCUUAAACGGGUGGGGAACGCUAGGCUCUAUAGACAAGCAUAUGCCUUCACAUGCUGGGUUUCAGUUUCCCCUUGGUAAGUCAGAGGGGAAGAAGUUAAGGACACGGUGAUCUCACAGCAAGUCUAACCGAGCCCCCGGUUUGAGGGGGGAAAAAAAAAAAUCUUUGCUUUUGCCACUUUUCUCUGCUUUUUCCUUUGAUGUGUGUCUGCUUCAGUGAUGUGCCUGUUUCAAGCAAAGAUAUUGUGCUUAAAAAAGUGCUGUGAACUUGAAAUGGGAAGAAAAAUAAACGUUUUUUUUGUGAAGA